CCCCUGGGCGGCCCGUGGCGGCGGCGGGGCCCGGCCCGGCCCCACGUGAGGCGGCCCCGCCGCCAUGGAGCUGCCCGCCGUCAGCCUGAAGGCCAUCAUUCUGGUACACUGGCUGCUCACAGUGUGGGGAUGCAUGAAUUACAUGUUUCCAGCCUCCUAUGCCUGGGGAAAUUUCAGUGUCCUUGCGGUGGGGAUCUGGGCCAUUGUGCAGCGAGAUUCCCUUGAUGCCAUCGUGAUGUUCCUGACUGGCCUGCUGCUCACGGUCCUCACAGACAUCAUUCACAUCUCUGUCUUCUACCCUCCAAACAACCAUCUCACUGAUGCGAAGCGUUUCAGUAUAGGCAUGGCCAUCUUCAGCCUCCUCCUCAAACCUGUGUCCUGCUGUUUGGUGUAUCGAAUGUAUCGGGAGCGUGGAGGAGAGUACACCUUUAACAUAGGUGUCACCUGUGCAGGCCAGGAUCGCAGCACCUAUGAGCCAAUUGAUCAGCAGGAUGCCCCUCCACAGUGGCCUGACUCAAGCAAGACAGCUCAGCAGCCGUACUGAGGCCCCCUCUGCAACAGGGAAUGGAUGCUUCCCUUGCCCAGUCUAGCCUUCUGCUCUUCCCAUGUCUGUUCUACGGAGCAAGACCUGCUACAGAGCAAACAGAAGAGGAUCUGACUUUUCAUUUCUUUUGCCUCCCUGAAGGAUAGGCAGAUGGGUUGCUGCAGUAAGUUCAGAAGAUCUCAAGAGAUGUCAUGUUAAACACUGUGACUCUGUAAUCCCCGCACUCUCCUCCCUCCCGCUCUGUAUACGUGAGUGGAUGCACCUUCUGCAGUCUUCCAAGCCUUGUGUCAUGCAUCCUCUCUAUUGCAAGGAAACCACUCAAAAUAUUCUCAGACAAGCUAUCUUUGAAAGGCUUAUGGACUGCCCUUAAACAAUGGUUUAGCCUGCUUUUAUGCAGAUAUAUUUCCAGGAAACAUCUGGGAGUUCCUGUGUGCUGUUUUUGAUGGUGUUAUUUAACUAAGAUUUAUGACUGUAACUCUCUAUGCUAGCUGUAGUGGUUUGCACAAAGCUGGGGUUGGUAUAAAGAUGCUCUUACUGGGCCAGGGAGCUGCUUGUGCUCCCAGUAUCUAGUCUUGGGUUUUAUUCACUGAUGUUUUUAUGCAAGUUGAAUGUCCUUCGGGACACUUAAAAUGGCUGAGGGAUGUAGGUUAUAGAUAUCCUGUGCCUUGAAAUGUCCUUUUGCCUUCAGCUGAAACGUUCUUAACUAUCUUAACAGAACUUGAAAUACUACAUUUUUCUAAGAAAAAAAUAUAAAAGGAACACAGUUUUUCUGUGUUAGAAAAACUUCUACUGGUCACCUGUCUUAUUUGAAAAUGUAGGUAUUCCUGAGGGUUUGGGACUGGCAGGCAGUCUGGGAGAGUUGUUAUGGGGGAAGGUCUACAUCUAAGCUUUACUCAGACAAGUAGAGCGUGCUGCUUGUAAAUAUGUGGGUGGGAAGGUGAGCUAGUAAAACGAAGAUUGAGGAAAGGAAAAGAUGGGUUUAUUUACACCGCAGUGGUGAUCUCCAUGAGGUGUGACAAACUAUAAAGUCUAAUCUUACGCACAGUAAAUCUGCCCUGCUGUGGCUUUCAGGUAAAAUUAAAAAAAAAAAAAGAAAUUUAAACAAGAUUCUUCUUCAGAAGUAAAAGAGUAUGACAGCUUUGGCAGAAUGGAAAUACUAGUGCUAGAAAGAACUGUGUUUUUCUGAAGGAGUUUAAUUUUCAAAGUUUACAUCUGUUAUUCUACAAUUGCAUUUUUCUUGACAAGACCUGCUGCUGCAUUGAUUCUGCAGUGACCAAGAGCCCUGUUAACUUUGCUCUAACCUCUAGAACCAUGCCAUUUGUAUUUUUAAAACCAAGCAGUUUUCUCCCAAGUCUGAUCACUUUAAACACAAACUUGAUGCUUCCCCCACUGUGCUGCACAAGCACUACAGUGACCUGCUGCUGUACCUGGACUAUCAUCAUUUAUGCUUGGACCAAACACAUGGUAAAUGCCAUACAAGUGCAACAGUCUGGUUUGCUU